CGGGGAUUAUUGUGACUACAACAUGGGAGACUAUGAUUGUAGUGAGGGGUUUUGUGGCUACGAAGUUGAUAGAGAUUGCGGAGGCUAUGAAAAUAGCCAUGAUCAAAACUUGGGCAGAUUUGAGGGACAAGAUUUUAGGGGAGAAAAUGAGGGGAAUGAUGUACCUAGUGCUUAUGGCGAAUUUGGAGAUGAUGUAGGACCUCGUAAUGGUUCUUAUGAUGACGUUGGGGCAUAUGAGGAGUCUUACACUUCCCACUCCGAACCUAGAUUUGGUGUUAGUUUUAACUCUUUCAUUCGCAAAACUUAUGAGAGCUAUGGUAAGAGUACACGUGAGGAGUGUGAAAAUUCAUUUUCUUCACCUUGUAGUACUUCUUAUCAAGAUCGACAUGGUGUGAAUGAUUAUCCUAACUAUAGUAGAGGUUGUCCCACGAGAAGAAGAGGAUAUGCAUCUCCAAACCCGAUGGGUAAUCAUGUGCCUUACAAUGUUGAUCCGAGAAAGAGUGUACACUUCGGAAAGGUGACCAUUUGUGGGAUACCAGGCUGCCUCGUUGUGUUAAAUGAUAGGUACUAUAGAAACUACAUUUUUCCAUCCAUGGUUAACUACUUAGGGUUGUUUCGAGUGCCUUUACUUGUUCCAUACUUCUUGGACGGCUUUAAGGUUUUCGAGAGGGUGAGGGUUGUCUUCUCCCAAUUUGAUGUGGUGCGAUGUUUUUCCCUUAACCUACGGUCAUGUGAGCUUUGGUGUCGAUUGGUUUGCAUAACAUAAAGUUUCAAAUAUGCAAAAUUGGCUUAAUAUUGUAAGAGACCGAUAGGGAAAUCGCCUCGUGACGUACAUUCUUCCCGGGCCGCAAAGAGAAGUGCUCACCUACUCCAAUCCGAAUGAUGAUGAGAGACAAAAGAUUGAGAGGAGUAAGGGUGUGCAAGGUGGUAAUCCGAGAGUGGAAAAAGGAGAGGUUGUGUGGAGCUAAGUGAGGGGAUUACCACCAAACUGAGCUAACAUUGUUUGUCCUUCUAUUUCUAAGGACAUUUGUAUAGGUACCGACAUGGCAAGCGAAGGAGAGAAAUGCCGAUUUGCUGCUCAAGCUUGUGGAGGACCUUCACAACACGGCAAAGGAGAGUACUCAAGAACUUCAAGAGGCUUUAUGGUUUUGCUAUAUGCUUAACAACUGGUAUCACCUGUACUCUCUUGUCGAUGCUGGUUUUCUUCAAUCCAAUCAAGUUCGGAAUAACAUUUUCCUUAGGGAAUUUGCUUGCUCUUGGAAGCACAGCAUUCCUCAUUGGGCCUAAACGACAAGCGACAAUGAUGCUUGACCCUGUUCGUAUAUAUGCAACUGCCAUUUAUAUAGCAAGCAUUAUCAUUGCUCUGUUUUGUGCUCUAUAUGUGCGGAACAAGCUACUGACACUCUUGUCAAUUGUAUUGGAGUUUGGUGCACUUAUCUGGUAUAGUUUGAGUUACGUUCCUUUUGCAAGGUCCAUGGUCUCCAAAGUGGUGAUGGCUUGCUUUGAUACAGAAUCCUAGCGUUCUUUACCCUGAGGGAAGGAUUAUACUUGCAAAUUUGUACAGUGUGUAUUUGGUACAGGAGUUCUAAUCCGUAGAAUGGGUUAGGUGAGUGCACCUUUGGUUGAAUGGAGGUAUUUUGAUUGAAAUGAGUUGUUUAUUAAACAAGCUAACUUCUGAUCCUUUGUAACACCUAGAUUUUUCUUCCUGAAGUAAAUGGAGACAAUCGAGUUCCCAUUAGGGGAGUCAACUGGUGGGUGGUUUGGUUCAAAUUUGGGCAAAUGAGUUGGGUAAUAUAAAUGGUCAUAGCCACAACUCGCCUAAAGUUUACUUGGGCCAGGACGCAUUAAACAAUGGGUUUAUAUAUAAUUCAACCCUCCCAAAUUUAUUCAA